AUGGAGAGCAGCACUGCACAGCUGAGCCUCUACUCUUUCCAAACUAGAAACUCAUCGCUUCCAUCAUUCCUGCAGCAUUUCCAGAACUCCUCCACUCCUUCCUCCUCCUUACCCUCUCCCCCACCUCCACCCACUGACCUGGUGAUUUCCCCUAAUGUGGUGUACGUGGCGGCCGAGCUCGUCAUCGCCUUUCUCUCCGCCGUUGGCAAUUUACUGGUCUGUGCAGCCGUGGGCUUCAACCGAAAGUUACGCACCGUCACCAACUACUUCCUGGUCUCGCUCGCAGUCGCGGACAUCUGUGUGGGCGCGAUUGCCAUUCCCUGCGCCAUCCUGACUGAUAUUGGUUUGCCGCGUCACAAUCUCAACCUGUGUCUGCUCAUGCUGAGCGUUUUAAUCAUGUUCACCCAGAGCUCCAUCUUCAGCCUGCUCGCGGUGGCUGUGGAGCGCUACGUCGCCAUCUUCAUGCCCUUCCGCUACUGGGUCCUGAUGACGUCUCGCAACGCUGUGCUGGUGAUCCUGACCACGUGGCUUCUGGCCUUUCUCAUCGGGCUUGUGCCUCUGAUGGGCUGGCACAAGACGCCACCUGACUCCGGCUACUGCUUCUUUGUCUUGGUGGUGGACAUGACCUACAUGGUCUAUUUCAACUUCUUUGCUUGUGUGCUCACCCCCUUGGUGAUCAUGUUUCUCAUUUACGCUCAGAUUUUUGUCGCAGUGAAGCAGCAGGUGAGGCGCAUCGCAUCUGAGCAUAGAGGAGAGGGACAAAUGAGAGCUGCCGCCAGCAUGCGCCGCGAGGUGAAGACCGCGACGUCGCUCUUCCUGGUUCUCUUCCUCUUCACAGUCUGCUGGAUCCCGCUCCACAUAAUCAACUGCCUCUUGCUGCUCUGCCCGGACUGCCCCGUGCCUCUAGAGCUGCUGCUCACUGCCAUCAUCCUGUCACAUGCAAACUCUGCUGUCAACCCCUUCCUGUACGCAUACACGAUGACAGCUUUCAGGGACACCUUCAAGGCAAUUUUCCUGUGCUGCAGGACGGUGGGAGACAGAGAGGCUUCAACUGUAGCUAGUGGUGAUGACAGAGACAGGACGGACCGGACCUGA